UCUCUUUCUCUUUAUUAAAGAAAAAAAAAAAAAAAAGCUCCACUGAGGUCCGAAGUGGAAAAAAAAGAUCUUGAAGCGAUGUAGUCAUGAUUACGUUAUAGCACCGGCUACAUACUUGUGAGUUCAGGGGGAGGACGCUGUGAUAUGUACAAAGUAAUUGUUGCUCUUAUCACAUUGCAGUCAGUCUGCAAGAGACACGACAAAGCCACAUUACAUUUUUACAUUUGGAUUGUACCGAAAAUGAUCUGUAGAUGGUAGAACCGUAAACUAUUCAUGUCAAAAUAUUGAGAUUUCUUGGAGCAACCUAAUGCUAGCAGGCAUUGCUCUUUUUUUUGCAUUUGUUAGAUCUGAUUCUGAUGACACUGACCACCUGCAUAUAGAUAUUUAACAUCUACAGAUCAUUUGAGGCACUAUGCAAGUAAAAUAUUUGGCUUUGUCCACAAGAAGCCAGUUUAAAAAUGUUUGAUUUCAGAUCGCUGCGGUGUCUGUCCACGUUCCUCUUCAUGUUGAGGAAGGGUAACGUGGAACAGUAGCAGGUUUGUAUUUCAGCACUCGGCUCUUGUCAGUUUUGGAGAUCUUCAUUUGUCUCAGAUUUGUUUUAAGAGCCAACUCCCAUAAAGAAAAGCGGUCAAAGGUCUAAAUGAACUCUGUGAAAUCAGGGAAUUAUUAAGUGUGAUUCCUUUCAACGGUAAUGUCUUCUAAACGACCUCCUUUGUGACACUUCUAAUUGAAAAAACUUUUAUAGCUCAGAAUGUAUUGAAAUGCAAUUAAUUACCAUGCAGUCUUUAUGCUUACUGGACUUUCUUUGAAUAAAAAAAGAAUAAAGAUGUGCAAGUUGAAAGCCUGCGUUGUUUCACUUCCUCUGUUAAUGCUGCCGAGUACAUUAAAUGAUUCAUUGCUGCUUGUGGUGCAACAGCGCCCUCUUAUGGAUGAAGAGUAAGACAUAUAAAGGCAUUCUGGCUGUUCAAAAAAAAGAGAAAAAGGUUUUCAUGAACUCGAGACAGUUAGUGGUUGAUUUCAAAUUACUAGCCACUGUCACAAUUGUCUUAAUUUCUUUAGCUUAUUCAUGCUUAUUCAUAUUAUACCAAUUUACCAUUAUAAGAACAGAUAUCCAGCUUCCAAAUGCAGGUUGAUGACCAACUUUAACAGCUCAUAUAACAAACUCAAAUGACAGAAUCCAUCUGGAUUGCUGGUGGAUGCUUCAGAUGAUAUAUUUCCCGUACUGCCUGUAACAAAUUUUAAAAUGCCUUUGCUAUAAUAACAAAACAUAUAUGUAAUCAGCACUUAAGCAUUAGUAUCUCUUAACUAUAAGAAAAAUGCACUCUAACGAUGACUAAUUCACAAACAUUAACACAAAUUACAAAUCCGAUACGUUCAUCUGCUGUACGGUACACACUAUGCAGAGUUUUUAAUUGGCCCCGAGAGGCUGUCGUCGACGCACAGUUUGUCAGCUGGGGACAGCAGCUGUCAAUCAAACAGCGUCUUUAUAACCAGCCGCAGAAGCUGCAUCACCGUGUCUCAGGAUAAACCAGGGGACAGACAGGAGCUCUGCUGUGAUUAUUGAUCGACAAUCGAUACCUUCUCUGAUGCGAUUAUAGUAACAGGUUUAGAUUCAGAGUGCUAGUAUUGCUAGAUAUAUCAAAUCUCAAUUUUGAGCCCUUACAUUUUGGAAAAUCUUCUAUCGAGAACCUUUUUUUCUUCUUCUUCUACUAGCUGCCUUAGACUAUUCCUGUUAUUUCUUCUCAUAUUAGCUGACUAUCUUUUUUGGAAAAGAUGGAUAAAUUGAGUGGAAACAAUGUGACAGUGGUGAACAGCUCCAUAGACAAGUGGUCAUUCAAUGAACGAGGCUCACAGCAACACCUGGAGCCCGAGGAGCUGAUGGUCCUGGUGCCGGCUAUUCUAGGAGUCAUCUGUGUCUUGGGUGUGGCUUGUAAUCUCACCGCGAUGGUCAUCUUGUUCUCAAACGCUCAUAGGGGCAAACUGUCUCUCAUCAACUCUCUCAUCUUCAACCUGAUGUUUGCUGAUGGACUGGUGCUGUUGUUCACGGUUCCCUUCAGGGCUGCCUCCUACUCCAAAGCCAGCUGGAAUCUGGGCUGGGUGGUCUGCAAGACGGCCGACUGGUUCCUCCAGUCCUGCAUGGCAGCGAAGAGCUUCACAUUGGCUGUCAUGGCCAAAGCGUGCUACCAAUACGUGUCCAACCCCACCAAGCAGGUGAGCAUCCGACUGGGCUCCAUCCUGGUGGUGUUCUUCUUCGUCUGGCUGUCCGCCUGCUCAGUCACCGUCCCUCACUGGCUGUUUGCCACGCUGCAGAGAGAAACCCGCGGACUGGUUUGUAUGCUGAUGGUUCCUCCUGAAGCCCGGGACUUCAUGGCUGUGUAUGUCAAAGCAUACCCCCUGGGGGUCUACUGUGCACCACUCAGCUUUGCCCUGGUGUAUUUCUUGAGGGCUUACGGCCAGUGCCAGCGCCGCUCCAGUAAGACUCAGAACCUGCGCACACAGAUCAGAUCCAAGAAGCUCACUUUGAUGCUGUUUAGCCUGACCGUGGCCAUGGCUAUUCUCUGGCUUCCGCAAUGGGUGGUGUGGGUUUGGGAGCGUCAUAUCGCAGAGAAGGAAAUCGAAGGACCUCAGCCCCUCAUCUCCUCUCUUCCCCCUCUUCUAACCCUCUCUGCCCAGCUGCUCACCUUCUCUCUGUCCCUGGUGAACCCUCUCAUCGUCCUCUUCCUCUCCGAGGAGUUCAGAGAGGGCUACAGGGGGCUGUGGAGGCGCCUCACCCUGCGCAAGCAACCUCCACCAAAGCCAAAACCCGGACCUCACACCCCUACAUCUCUCCAGUCGCCUUGCCCCAGACCAGAGACUUCUGGCCAACUGGGGGGGGAGAGGAGCCUUCGGGCAAGCUCCAGCCAGGGUCCCAGCAGAGAGGCUCAGCCCCAGCCGGAGCAAGGAGGAGAGAGAGACGUAGACAUGGUGAGCCUCAAAGAUGGCAUCGUUUUGCCUGAUGUGGAGCAGUUCUGGCACGAGAGGGAGUCUGGAUUGCACACAGAGGGAAAUGACCCUGUGCCGUGGGAGCACCAGAAGGAAGAGGGGGGGAAAAGAAACCACCUUUCAGCUGAUCUUUAAUACAAUCCUCAGACAGCAGCAGCUUCAUCAACAGACCUUCAUUUAAGAAUUGAGGCUGCUGCUGAGUGCUGCGCCGUAAAUCAUUUGUAUUCUGUCAACUGUGUUUAUAUUGUUCGAAGGUAAGACGUGCAUUCAGAGUGGAAACCCAGAGUGGGCUAUAAAUAGAGCAGUAUCAUCUGUAUAUACGUAUGGUGAACAUUAUAUAAUAUUGUCUUUCAAUUGUGUUUUUACGAGGAAGAACUA